AGAAAGCUUGCAAAUGCGGCCAAAAGUUACAUACUUUAUUUGCUUUGCUUCCUUACGCUACCCAACAGGGGAAAAUCACUCUCAUCUUAAAAACCAAGUCUCCUCAUACUGAGAUUUAACUGGUGGGUGUUGAGGUAUGGCUUCGUCUGUGUUACUGGUGGUGGUGUUUGUGUUUGAUCUGAUUGCUUUUGGUCUCGCUGUUGCUGCAGAGCAGAGGAGGAACACUGCCACAUUAGCCCAAGACAGUGCAGGUAGAAAGUACUGUCAAUAUGACUCUGACAUUGCAACCGGCCUAGGUGUGGGGUCCUUCUUUAUCCUAGUUGCCAGUCAAGUGAUCAUAAUGGUUGUAACUAGAUGCCUGUGCUGUGGGAAAGCUAUGAGACCCAGUGGAUCCAGAUCAUGGGCAAUUUGCUUAUUCAUGACAAGCUGGGUGGCAUUUAUUAUUGCUGCUUCCUGCCUGCUAGCGGGUUCUGUGAGGAAUGCAUAUCACACCAAGUAUCGUGAUCUGAUGGGAGAGAGAGCCCCUUCAUGUCAAACUUUGAGGAAAGGAGUGUUUGGAGCUGGAGCUGCCUUCAUUGUUUUCACAGGCAUAGCCUCAGAGCUCUAUUAUGUUAGUUUUUCAAAAGCUAAUAAUGGUCCCCCUCCCUUUGCUCGGGACACUGGUGUGAGAAUGGGCAAUUUGUAGUGUGGGGAAAAUGUGUGCUAAGUUGGCUACUCUCGAUGUGAAAGCCUACUUGUAAAUUAUGAAGCUUGGAUGAUCAUUUCUCCAUGUUUAACUACUCCCUUUCCUUUUGACCCUUCAAUCUUAUCACCAUAGCUAGUGCCGGGUCAUACUUGUACACCCAAUAUCUUUUAAUGGUAUUUAGUCUUCUAACGUUGUAAGCAAUAUUCAGGUUUAGUUGUACUUUCCAUUCUU